GUCGUGCUGUCAGUUUGGGAGCUUCGGCGGAUAUAGCAACAGAGCACAUGAAGCACAACAACAACAACCUUUGACUUUUAACCGUAACAUCUUAAAUGGCGCACUCCAGUGUUCUUACCGGACUGGCUGCGCGGUCUCAACUGUCUGACCGAACUCAAGGUUGACCCAUCCAAAGUGUGCUUGGAGUCAGUCCGAUCAUGGGUGUCUGGCAGCCAGUGACCAACCUUAAAGAUUAUGUAGUCCACAAUCCCCCAGUGGUGACAUUUUUCUUCUGUCUGUUAACUCUGGCCAUCUCCUUCAUCGGCCUGAGCUCCUACAGUUACACUCACACUCUGCCAAACCCAGACGUAGCAAAGGACUGGAACUGUCUACUUUCCUCCUUAUCACAGUUAAAACUGUGUAGAAAAUCUGAAGCAAAUUUAUUUGAGCUGGCCACACCUGUUCCCUCUCACCUGAUGGAGCAGGAAAACAACAUAAAGGCAACCUCUACACAAACCUCUUCAUCAGUAACAACGUUCCAGCUCCAGGUUCAUCUGAAUUUGACCUCCAGCCCAGCCGGUGGCUCAGUGGAUGGUGGUCUGUACUCUACACUGAAAGCCAGUCAGUUAAAUCUUGGAGCCAAUGAGAUUGUGAAUGUGACUCUUGAGUUCCUGUCUGGAAAUAGUGCCCACACCUGCCUCACCAUUAGUGCCCCAACACACCUCCUGCCCCAGAGCCUGCUUCCUCCAAAGUGUCCUGCAUUUGAGCGAAACAAUCCACCUGUCCACGUGGAAGUGAGCAACCAGCUGCUUUCAGCAUCACAAACCUGUUACAGUUUACACUAUGACAACGACCCCGCACUCACAGUCAUGUUAACACAGAGGGAGCGGAGUGUGGCGGCGCGUCAUCAGUUGGAAGUCAGUGUCUUUCUGCUCGGAGUGUGUUUUAUACUCUUUUUAGCCGCCAGUGUGACACAUUGGCUCACACGCUGUUCCCACUUGAACGGACUGGAUCUGAAACAUGACCCACUGAUUGACACCUGAACAUCUCACUUCCUCUUCAUCCAGAGGAGAUCAGUUGGUUGCUGCUUUUAAAGUAUUCGACUUUGUGAAGGUGCAAACUAAAUUAGUGGACUGUCGCUGUUUUAGGAAACUGACAUUUUGACCAAAAUGUCCAGUUGAAGUAUAUUUUACAUAUGAAUCACAGUGUCAUGAAAACAACUGUGGGUUUAAAUAGUGCCUUCACUGUUAAUUGUCAUAGUCAUUCCAUAGUGUAUUAGGUCCAGUGCAGAAAAUGGUUACAUUCAACCAAAAAUGUAUUAUUGUUUUAAAAUGAAUGUGGUGGUAUAUGGUAUGACUAUGAGCAGGAUUCCGAACAUACUGUUUUACCUCUGUAAUUUACAUGUUACACUUUCUGUUGUGAAUGUGAUGGAGGUGUGUCUUUUUUGCAAGUAACAACACUACUAUCUGGUACUGGUAAUAAUAAACCAUUGCAUUUACUCA